AUGCACCAUCCCUCGACCAAAGGAACAUCUCGUCGCUCUGGGGCACGCGACACGCCACGCCGCCCGCGACUCACCGACCGACGUCAAACGCAUCCCAUCCGGCCCAGGGCUUCCGCCAGAGCACCCGCCCCUCGCCGGUGGCUUCCGUUCUGUGUCUCUGACGUCGUACCGCAUCGCUCAUCGCCCGGGCAGGGGUUUGCGUCACUGACAGCCCCCCCAACAGCCAACCGCAUCUCUCUUCGCCCUGGUGAUCCGGCAGCUGGUUGCUCCCACUUGCUCGUCUGGCAAGGUUGCACCGCUCCCUGGAGAUCAGCCCGGUUUGUGCCGACGCGCCGGGCCACCGCUGCUGCUGCUGCUUCUGGUGCGUCGUCAGUCGUCGUCGUCGUCGUUGCUGGUGUCGUCGUCGUCGUCGACGACGCCUUCUGGACUCGCUCGCAUCGACGACUUGCUGCACCACCCGACAUGCCGCAGCAACCACCACAGCUGCUCCCUGCGGCUCGUGGAACGCGCCGCCUGGGGACCACCAAGCCUUUCCCACUGCAGCUCCAGUCUCUCCCUCCAGCCCUGCGGCCCCUGGUCCGCGCCUACAUCCUGGGCUAUGCGUCGUCAGUGGUGCCGCGACUCCUGACCGUCAUCCUCCAGCACCUCUCCCGCGCAAGGGCCAAGAACGAAAACUGCCUCCCCGCCGAAAAGGACGAAAGAAGCUUCGUGGACUCGGUUCUUCACGUCCUUCGCAUCGGGCUCGAGCCGCAGCGCUUCCCCACGUUCUGUGCCGUCCUGGUUGGCGGCGCUACCAUCUUACAGGUGCGACGCCCACCUCCUUGCUUGCUUGCUCCUUUGCCGUCAUUCCGUUUUAUCCCCUUCCGUCGUCCCUUUUCCCCGGAUCUUGGAGCAGUCGAGAUCACGCGUAUCCGUCCCCGCAUCCGCCCCCCCGUAUUGUGUGGAGUCGAGAGUUUCCUCGACGUCGCCAGUCGGAUCUUGCUUGAUGCGGCGUCUCGGAGCAACCCCGAUCCUCCUCUUUCUAAACUAGCGUCCGCUCACGCAACCUCACCAACCCACCCGCCCGGUGCCCGUUCCUGUCGGCUGAUGUACCCCAGGAACCCUUGA